UGUAUUGUCGGGUCCAAUCGUAUUUGUCGUAAAAUGCGCUUGCGCAAUUCGCUAAAAUUUAAAUUAUUUGAAAGUCAACGGUUACAUACCUUGUUUCGUCGUUCUGUCUAUUUGUUUUUUUUUUCUUCUUUCUCCAUUUUGUUUACAUGGCUGAAUUCAAUACACCAACGAGAGUAAAAUGCAAAAGCAAAACGGAUAAUUCCGAAUUAAAUACUCCCAUAAAAAUACCAGCAUCACCUUUCUUGCAACAGAUAGGCUAUGGCACGGGAGUCGCUGUGUACAUGUUGGAAAGAUCGCCAAAAGUAGGCCUUGCACGUUCACCUUGGGCAGUAAAAAAAUGGCUAAAGGGAAGGAACAACGAAGUAAACAAUGGGCGUCUUCGAUUAGAAGCAGAUGUUCUGCGACAAUUGAAUCAUCCUAACAUUGUCGGUUUCAGAGCCUUUACCACAGGAGUAGACGGAAAACCUUGCUUGGCUAUGGAAGCAUUGGAUACAUCACUUGGUGAUAAGAUAGAGGAAAGACGAGAUCUUUUAGAGGAUGAACCUUUCAUAGCUAAGGAUAUUCUAAAAGUUGGUUUUGAAGUUGCAAAAGGGUUGAAGUAUUUACAUUAUACAGCAUACAUAUUACAUGGAGAUAUAAAAAGUUGGAAUGUUUUGGUAUCCCAUGAUUUCAAUGUUGUCAAAUUGUGCGAUUUUGGGAAUGCUUUGCCAUUGACAGAAUCUUUAGAAAUUGAUACGUCAAAAGGCAACUUUUCUUAUGUUGGAACAGAAUGUUGGAAUCCUCCUGAAAUUGUACUUGAAGAUGGACCAGUGACGAAUGCUGCUGAUAUUUGGACAUAUGGUCUCACUCUUUGGGAAAUGAUAUCUUUAUCAAUACCUCAUAGUGAAGAGCUUGAUGAAAAUGAAUCAUUUGACUAUUCAGUUACAGAGACAAAUAAUCAAUUGGAUGAGUCUAAAUUUGACAUGGAUGAAAGUAUUACUUUUCUCAAAGAAAUAAUGCCACGUACAAACAGUAAAUAUGGUACACGUCCAGCUUUACCUGCAAUUGACUUGGGCAAAGAAUAUGAGAAGAUACUUGAAAUAUUUUUCAUAUGUACUACAGCCAAUUAUAAAUUAAGACCGAGUGCAAAAGCACUUGUAAACUAUUUUGAAAAAUGCGUGAGUAUUAACAAUAAAAAAUAAUUAUUAAUCAUAUAA